GUGAGUGCCGUACCGUUCCAGUAGUCGUGUCGCGAGUGUGCCUCCGUCGAAUAGCUUCCGUUGGUUUUUCACCCCAUUCAGCCGGCUGAUCCAUCGGUGCACCUGUACACGCUCCGGUAGGACACAAUAGAAAUCGCUACCGUUUUCACACACAAACAGCAAGUCACGGGCAAAGGAAGCGCACGUUUUCUACUGUCUCAUUGUGAAUUCUCGUUGCCGGUGGUGUUGUAUGUUCUACCCUGUUAGCUUCCUCGUUCGAAUUUUGGGCACCCAAUUUAAAAAGAACAACCCCGUGCUGUCCCGUGCUUGGCCUUGCUUCUGGUCGACUGCUCUGCACGGGAAUCGCAUCGUGUAAAAUCGAGCCGCUAAUGUGUGUGCAUACUGUGUUUUUGAAGCUAUCAGUGAAUCAGUAAUCCGUUAGUGAGGUCAGUGUUGCCAACAUUGUGCUAUCGUUUCGAGUUUAGUUGAGGAGGAGUAGCACGCGUGACUCACACCGUCCACCGGGCUGCUCCAUCGACGAAACGGCGAGUUCGUCGCUUCGGAAGAGAAAGAAAGCACAAAAGCACGUGCGUUCAGUAAUCUAGAUGUUGGACUAAAGUGCCCCGAUCGAGAUUAUACUGCCAGUGCAAUUAGUACCGGUACCACGGUCCAGCCAGUUACGAACCUGCCAAACAACCCACUCACACUCACACACUAAACCGCACCCUACCGGACGGCAGGAAGGUGAGCGCAACGUAUAGAGGCGGCCACGAAACGACGUCACGAUGCUACGCAAUCGCUCACACUGGAUACGGGCGUUAGCGAUCGUGCUGGUGGGUGCAUGUGCAAUCAGCACUGCAUCUCCCGUCUCGACCACACCACAAGCCGAGCUCUACCUCUCACAGUUUGGGUAUUUAAGCCCCAAGUAUCGGAAUCCAACUAGCGGGAACCUGCUGGAUCAGGACACAUGGGAAAAAGCCAUCAUGGAGUUCCAGAGCUUUGCCGGGUUGAACGUUACCGGCGAGCUGGACGGAGAGACGAUGCAGCUAAUGUCACUGCCACGGUGCGGCGUUAAGGAUAAGGUCGGGUUCGGGUCCGACACACGUUCGAAGCGGUACGCCCUGCAGGGAAGUCGUUGGAAGGUGAAGGAUCUCACCUAUCGGAUAUCCAAGUACCCGAAGCGUCUGGAACGGACGGCCGUAGAUAAGGAGAUAGCGAAGGCAUUCAGCGUUUGGAGCGAGUACACGGAUCUACGCUUCACGCCCAAGAAAAGCGGUGCCGUACACAUCGACAUUCGAUUCGAAGAGAACGAACACGGUGAUGGUGAUCCCUUUGAUGGUCCAGGAGGUACCUUGGCUCACGCGUACUUCCCAGUGUACGGUGGUGAUGCUCACUUUGACGAUGCGGAACAGUGGACCAUCGAUAAGUCGCGCGGUACUAACCUGUUCCAGGUCGCAGCUCACGAGUUUGGUCACUCGCUGGGUUUGAGUCAUUCGGAUGUGAGAUCAGCCCUGAUGGCACCGUUCUACCGUGGGUACGAUCCUGUAUUCCGGUUGGAUUCCGAUGAUAUUCAGGGCAUUCAAACGCUUUACGGUCCAAAGACAAGGAAUGGAGGCGGAAGUGGUGGUGGAGUUGCACCAACGAGAACUCCUAGACCAAAGAUUCCUACGGAGUUAGAUUCGGAGCUCUGUACAUCUCCGAAGAUUGACGCCAUAUUCAACACUGCCGAUGGCAGUACGUACGCCUUCAAGGGCGAUAAAUAUUACAAGCUGACGGAGAAUGCAGUCGCCGAGGGAUAUCCGAAAAAAAUCUCCGAAGGCUGGGUCGGAUUACCGGGCAACAUCGACGCCGCGUUUACGUAUAAAAAUGGCAAGACUUACUUCUUCCAGGGCACCAAGUACUGGAGGUAUCAGGGUCGUCAGGUGGAUGGUGAUUACCCGAAGGAAAUCAGCGAGGGCUUUACCGGUAUCCCGGACCAUCUCGAUGCAGCAAUGGUGUGGGGCGGCAACGGCAAGAUCUACUUCUACAAGGGCAGCAAAUUCUGGCGGUUUGAUCCACUAAAGCGACCGCCAGUGAAAUCCACAUACCCGAAGCCCAUCUCCAACUGGGAAGGUGUGCCGAACAGUAUCGAUGCCGCACUGCAGUACACGAACGGGUACACCUACUUCUUCAAGGACGACAAGUACUAUCGGUUUAACGAUAGAACGUUCACGGUUGACCAGUCCGAUCCACCGUUCCCGCGACCGACGGCACACUGGUGGUACGGUUGCAAGAACACACCGUCGACCUUCAACACGCUAGGUAAUGUACGAUUGCAAAAAUCCGACGAACAUCCCGACGAUAUCACCAAUUUGAUUCUGGAUGCCGCAGAUACAGACGAUCAACCGGAACCGGACAGCUACAGUGGUAAUGGGGCUUCCACGAUUGCCGGCAUCCAACUCAGUAUUACUACCCUUUUGUUUGCCGUGCUGGGAAUAUUCCUUGUCAGUCGCUGUUAGUGCGUACCGUACCUACUGAACAAUUGGCAAACGUUGACGAAGGCAAACCAAAAACGAUAAAAAAAACCGAAAACACUUAGGAAUCAAUUCUGCUGCAGCUACACAGGCGUGUCCUGGAUCGCGAGAACUCCAGACAAUCUCGAUUGCGAACUGCCACCAAGAGUCGGAUGGACCAAACAGUAAACACGCGAGCUUAGAAACAUCAAACCGAAAUUGAUCUCAACGGUGGGCAGCAUCAAUGUGGGUGACAAGAACAGACUGGACUUGCUGGUGGAUUUCAUACAAUGCAAUGGAAAACAAGCGAUGAGUAAAGUAAUGGAGGGGAUUUCAGAUUUCGAAGUGUCCAUCCCCAGGGGGAUGAAUGAAAAACGGACGAAAAUAGGCAAAAGGGCGAGAGAGAAAAAAUGGGACAAGGCGUUUAAUGUUGAGAGAUAACGGGCAAGUCACUAGCCAUAGGUCUUUUUGCUAGCUAAUUGGUGUUAAAAAAUGAUCGGUCUACCUGGUAUACCAGUAACUGGUGCCUUUGUAAAAGUGUGCUAGAGCAAGGAGAGAAACAAAAAACAAACCUUUACAUAUUGGGCAGAAAUACAGCAAACUGUACAUAUCACACCCACUGCAGGAAGGGCCAUUGCACAUUCCGGUUUAGAUCGAGUACGAUCGUAUUCGAUCGUGCACGUUAGCAAUAAACGAAUAUUAUGUCAACUUGUUGAUAGAGCGCGCGAUGUGUAGAGUGAGAGGAGCGAAGGUAAUCGAAAACGGAAGCCCAGUUUACAAUGUAAUGUUAGAUGCGAGUUAAUUUUAAUGUACUGUGUGUUGCCCGUUUCACAGGCGGGCGGUACCGAAACAAACCAACAACAUAUACAUCGUAACCCUCCAAAUCCCGUCUUCAAUCGCAACCGCAUAAUCAACAGGGUGCAGAGCAUUCGGCCAGGGGCCAGGCUCGGUGACCAAUGCUGUACCAGCAUUUUGUAUAUAUUUAUUACUGUGUAUCGUACCGAGAAGGUUUUGCGGAAAGUUUCCCGUAUCUUCGAUCCGAGACGGUUGUUGAGAUGGAAGCGGGAGGAAAUAAAAACUGACAUGUUUUAACCAGAAA